AUGAUUCGAUUAUUACUCCUAAUCCAGCCGGUUCAAAAUUUGCUCAAUUACUUCCAGGAUGAAACGGCAGUGACAAACGACGAGGCCGGCGGAGGGUCAAGCUCGCUCGAUGAAGAUGCCGCGCGAAGAUCGCGUCCGAGCGCUCAAUCGACUGGGCUAGUCACUGUGGCUUCGUACAGGAGAAGACAUCACCUUGCGGAGGAGGUGCCAGGACUCUACAUUCGGCGCCUAACGCUCGAGGACCCCAGGAGGAGGGAACCGUCCGGUUCAAGGUCGCCCUCCCCGGCGCGCCAUAUCUGUCAUCCUCGUAGCGGCUGCGUCCGCUUGGCGCGAGGAUCUUCGAGCUACAGAUCUUGGGUGGAAAGGAUUCGAAAAGAGAGUCCGGCUUUUUUAACAAUAGUGUCUUUGGAGCUUCCGGAAUCGCCGAUACCCCUGAUAGAGUCCCAAGCGAACGCGCGUUCAAGACGUGACAAGUCCAGUGAGCUUGUGGAAGACAAGGAUGAUAUCUUAGACGAAUUUUUGAGGAGGGUCACGGAGAUCGGAAAAGAUACGGAAAAGGAAAUCCGCACGGGAAGACAUGACGUGUCCCGGAAAAGCCGUCGCAAAAAAAAUAGCGGGUCAUUGGAAUGCUCGAGAGCGCCUGACACUCUCGAAGAAUGCACGAGAAACAUUAUCGAAGGGCCGAGCCGCGACGGACAGAGCAGACCGCAAGACACCGGCGACGAAUGCAUAUGCUCCGAGACAGCUCCGAAGGAUCUACGAAUAGACAUUCGCAGGAAGACGGAGGUCACGUGUAGUACUCCGCCGUGCACUCCGAGCCCGGAAGUGACUCACGCCAUUCGGAUCGCGAUGAAGUAUCACGGUCGGUCGGGAUGCAAAGUCGGAGACGAUGAGAGUUCAGUGGAAGAAGAGAAGGAGGAGGAGGAGGAGGAGGAGGAAGAGGAGGAAGAGGAGAAAAAGGAAAAGGAGCGGGAGGACGAAAAGCGAGCGGAGGAAGAGGCGUAUGAGAAUGGCAGGAGGAGGACGAAGAACGAGGGGAGCAAGAAGGAUCUUCAAGGUCCAUCGAACGCGAGGAAGGAAUCGGUGAAGCACGACGCUCGCUGCGUCGCCGUCGGUGCGAACGCCACGUUAGACUUCACGCUAAAUUGCAACAGCGUGCGACUCACUACUCGUGACACGAGUUUGAAGACAGCGUCGAGAGGCGAGAGGCUGGGACGGCCGGAAACGCGAAGUUAGUUCGCGUGGGUUCGCCUCUCGAAAAGUGUUCCGCUCGAAAUCCCGCGUUCCGUCCGAUGGAUGCUCCGUUUGUGGUUUUAAAUAUACAUAUCGUAAAGCACAUAAUAGCUCGAUGAUUUCCCUACCUGCUCCCAACGUGUUCUCAGCUUGUCAAAGUUUCUGUUCGCACGCGCCCGACCUAAUCUUUCCUCGGAGAUUUAUUUUAUUUUUUAUUCCUCUUCGUACAUUCGGUAAUGCAUUCUUGCUUUUUUAAGAUAAGAUAAUGAGGAGGUAAGAUAAACAAAACACUCCGAAAAGUGAAUACGUUGAACAGAAAUUCUUCUCAUAAUGAAUGAAAUCCUGAUGUAAAUGUGAACAGUUUUAAAUUAGAAUCUAGGAAAAAAGGACGUGUGCGUCAGAAUAACUUAUCAGAUUCGCGGUAAUUGACACGACAGCUCGAGCUGAUGGUUCUUUUUUUCAACAAAUUUAACCAGCAUGAAUUUUGAUCGUGCGUUGAAUUAGCAUUCGGUCUCCGCACAACAAUUUGCAAAAAUCGAUUCAUAAUUCUGAGUCUUGUUCAAACAAAAAUACCAUAGCAUGUUGGCAUAAAAUAUUUUUUAAUUUCGCAACAUUGUGCGAUUGACUACGUUUAAUUUUUGCGAAGAAAUAUUAAUCUUAUUAGCAUAUGCAGGAAUCCAUUUAAUAGAUUUAAUCUGUUAAGUUUCUUGACUAUUUUUAAAAUUUAAUCGAAAAAAUAUCUGGAAACCGACAAAUAUCAAGAGUCAUAAAUUUUAAGUACAUAUUUAGAAAAUAAAAUCUAAAUUGGUAUAAUUACGUACAUAUUUAGCAAUACCAAUAGACACAUAUAUACAUUCUGUUGUACUUUUUAAUGAAAAUUGCUUGAAACAGAUAAUAAAGAUUUUAUUAAAAAAUC